CGCGCGCUUGCUUUGUGAGUACAUCUGCGUUUUACCUUUUAAAGUGGCAACACAAUGUAGUACAUACGCGCUUCAAAUAUAGAGAGAAGAAGCAGGCCCCACCCCCUAGAGCAUGGAAAGUGGCUUAUUCAGAAAACCUGUUCAUCGGGAUGGAACGUGAAUGAGGACGUAUAUUGGGGCUGAAUAACCAUACGGCGUGCUGGGUCCAUUGUAGCAGUGUCAUGUCACCAACGUAAACACACACGAAAGUCAAAAGGUGGCGGGACUGUUAUUUUUUCCUACAUCUAUAGAGCGUACUUUUUUCAAGUCUUCAUAAAUUGGAUUUGAUCUCAAUCGAGGAUGCUUCCUGACGCUCUCAACCAAUAAUCGAUCGGAUUGGACACUAUUCUGGCAGCUGCGCUUGCUGAUUGGCUGGCGGGGCCACAGCCUGAAAUUGACAUACCGUGAUGUUAUAGUGGUGCUUCUCCGGUGUGUUGUGUGGCAGAAAUAGACAAUCUGCUGCUAGCGAUACGGAAGCAUAGAAAUAAUGUUUAGCAUAAAGUACCGAGCAUGCACCUAGUACAUACGCAAAGAAGAUGGCGUGGUAAUUUGAGGACUGGAGAUGAAACUGUGUGGCAAAGAACCAAAGACAGCAACUUCUAAAGAGACAAAAGACUCCUAAAGAAUCAACUCCAAGGGACCUUUGAAUUUAUUGACUUGAAAAAUAAGAUGACAUAUUUAUGAUUUCCUAGUGUGUCUAGCGACUUUGGAGACAAAAAGGAAUAUACUCUAUUAAGAAGGUAAACACCCCUGCCCACUGUAUGCCGUGAUUAGACGCCGGACAUUGAGUUAGCCGUGGCGGACAGGUAGGCUUAGAGUGAAAGUUAUUACCUCAGCGGCGACACCUGUGCACCUGAAUUCAAUUCAGAAACGGAAAUUUCGUAAAGAAGUUAAGACCAAGCUGGGCUCUCUAUCUGCUAUAUGGUAAGCAGCUUCCAGUGGAUAAUAAAUUAAGGCCCUAAACAGAGAAAGUCAGAGUUGGAGAGCCGAGAGAUGGAUUGACGUUACACUCCAACGUUCAAGUGAGAGAGGCACAGUGUGCUGGUUCUUCUCAAAGAUAACUACUCCUGAAGAGAGCACUCGAGGGGUAUUUUGAUUUCGAUUCAUUGCCCUCUCGACUAACAUUUAAACUAGAUUGCUGCGCUCAAAAGAGGAAAAUGGCCAUGCUGAAGCUGAAUCGACGGCUUUGUAUUAAAAUAUUCGGACUCUUAAGGAUUCUUAUCUUUUUAAAUUUCUUCCAAGUGGAGGCGAGUUUUACCUGCCCGUAUCCAUGCUUUUGCAAUAAGGACAGCAGGAUUGUAUAUUGCUCUAGAAAAAACCUGGCACACAUUCCAUCGGGAAUUCCGGACAACUCAUUACAAAUCAACCUGAAUGACAACAACUUUCAGGUGACGACAAUUCAAAGGAGAAAUUUCUCAUCUUUUGUGGACCUGGAGCACCUCUAUUUGAGCGGCUGCGGUAUUGAAUCCAUUGAAGUAGAUACAUUUAUUGAUUUAGAGAAAUUAAAGUGGUUAGACCUGAGUCGCAAUAGUAUCCGAAUAAUUCAAGAUUUUGCCUUUAGGGGACUCAACUUAGAGCACCUAUUUCUUAAUGGCAAUCGGGAUAUUCAGCUCUCACGCAACGCUUUUCAAGAUUUACGGACCACGGGGCUGAGGCUACAGCGAUGUAGUCUAACCCGACUUUCUGUAGCCGUCAUCUCUCCGCUAAGUGACAGCUUAGAAUCCCUGUGGCUGGAUGGCAAUCACAUCGAAAGCCUUAACCCUGCUCUUUUGGUGAAUUUCUCAAAACUGAAACACCUCAGGCUGGGAAACAACCCUCUACACUGUAACUGUGAGAUGAAGUGGUUCGCCGACUUCUUCGAUACACAUCCCAACGUUUUCAGCGGGGCCCGUCCCCCGCACUGCGCGUCACCAGAAAGGCUCCGCGACAAAACCUUCGACACUCUCCCUGCUGACGCCUUUUUGUGCAACGCUCCCGUCUUUAGCAGCGUCGAUGUAACAUUUGAUGAGGACCAGGGAACACUGAAAUGUAUCGCAACUGGUGACCCUGCACCGACUUUGUACUGGAUAAAAUCGUCUGGAGACAAGUUAAUUUAUUUUCCGCCUGGGGACAGGAAGAUGGCAACAAAUACAGCAGUAUUACAAAUACCUAGACCGACGACUAAUUUGAACGACAAAUACGCUGAGACGUUUGUGUGUCUUGCUAGCAACGCGGCUGGAAACGUGACUUUCACUUUUAAUGUGACAUUACCUGAAAAGACAGUAACUACAACGUCAACAGCAUCAACGACAAUAAGCACAACUACUAAUAGCAGCCCAUCAAAAGGGGACAUCGACGACCCUAUGCUAGGAAUAGAACCUGACUUUAGUAGUAAUGAAAAACAAACACGAAGGACUUCGCAUAAUGGCGACACUAACACCAAACAAACUCCCAUUGUGGAUAUACCACACGAAACGAAAGCCGACCGCGAUCAGCCUUCUUAUCAUUUUCCAAAUUCCGAUGAAAAUGACAGCAAAAUUUCCUAUGGGCCAACGGGCACAACUUCAAACCACAGGAGGUACAUGUACUCAUCAGAAGAGAAAUAUUUUCGCCUUCACGAUAUAAUCGCAGCCGUAGCAGGAACAUUUGCAUGUACAGUACUCUUGUGUUGCUUAUUUAUUUGUAUAAUAUGUCAAGUAAAGAAAAAAGUAAGACGACGGAGAGAAAACAAAGAAGACUAUAAAAAGCACAAUGCACAGCAUCAAAAGGCCUAUUUAGCAAAACAAAACAACACACGGCAAGAAAUGGGCGCCAUGCCAGAACUAGUCGAAUUUCUUGAGGUGAAGGAAAAUAGGGAAAAUCACUACAGAAAUACAUGUAACCAGGUCUGACAGUAGCACGACAUAUAGCACAAGGUAGGAGAUAAGUCAGGCUCUUCGAUCCCACGACACAGUCAGAUAUCUAAACAUCAAGUGCAAUGUAUAGCGAAAAUGUCGACCGAUAAAGAAAAAAAAAUUCAUAGGAGUCUUGUCCUUCACUUGAGCAGUGUGUUUUAGCAGCUUUGAUCACUUCCACGUUAUCGAUAACAGCCAGUCUCAACACAGGGUUGUUUAUUUUUUGUCUCAUUGCUUUAGUAUAUAGGCGCAAAGGGAAAAUCUCGAGAGACCCUGUAGCGGUAGUAAUUACAGCCGAUAGCAUGGAGACUGGGUAAUUGGUAGACAUUAUUGUGCUCCGAAAAGCCUUUAGUUAUUCGAAAUUAGGUUUGACGGCACUUGCUAGAGACAGCCUCGCUCAUUCAAGUUUCAUUCAAUUAUAGACAGAAGAAUUAACACAGCAUAUUACAGAAAUACUUUCUAUCCACCAUUAAACUUGUCUGAUGGUAUCCUA